GGCACAAACCAUCCGAAUUUUUUGCUCCUUUCACAUGCCUGCCCCGGCCGGAGAGUACACAGGUUGCUUGAAAUUAGCAGACAGUAGCCUCAAUCGUUGGUCACAUGACGGACUUUUUCCGUGAUCAUACUAAACGAAAUGACCUAAACAAGAAUAGUGAGAAGAGGCGUCUGCAUCUCAUAUAGCCAAGCUGUAGUACUACACCGAAGCCCAAUAAUCAACAACCUUGGCCGUUGCUACCUCGCUGGUAGGAACAUCUAACAGGAUUCAAUUAAAUGAUUGGUUUAUGCCAGCAGAACAGCAAAUAUUAACAUUAUUUGUGGACUAUUUUGCUGAACCACAUGUGGACAACAUUGAGGAAAGAGCCGGACCUGGGUUUACUAAUAAGCUAGCUAUAGCUAUUCAGUCUUGUGGAACGAGACCAAGAAAAAACCUGCUGGUAGGCUACUACUGGAGCAAAGAACUCGGAAGCUAGCUAUUGAACGUGAUAAAAGUAAUCUUGUUGUAAGAUUCGUUACUAUUUUGCUCAUUCUCGACAUCUACAUCUAGUUAGAUAAUCACGGUAGCCAAUACAAAUACGAAUCAAUCUUCUUCAGAAGCGAGACCAGCCAGGUGAUUUUUGAGGAUGAACCACCUGUCCCUCAGCGAGCUGUGCUGCCUGUUCUGCUGCCCGCCGUGCCCCAGCAAGAUCGCCUCCAAGCUGGCCUUCCUCCCCCCGGAGCCCACCUACAGCCUGAUGAGCGACGACAGCGGCAGCCGCUGGACCCUGCACCUGUCGGAGCGCGCCGACUGGCAGUACUCGGCCCGCGAAAAGGACGCCAUCGAGUGCUUCAUGACGCGCACGGCGCGCGGCAACCGCAUCGCCUGCAUGUUUGUGCGCUGCUCGCCGAGCGCCCGCUACACGCUGCUGUUCUCCCACGGCAACGCCGUGGACCUGGGCCAGAUGAGCAGCUUCUACAUCGGCCUGGGCUCCCGGAUCAACUGCAACGUGUUCUCGUACGACUACUCGGGCUACGGCGCCAGCUCCGGGAAGCCCUCCGAGAAGAACCUGUACGCCGACGUGGACGCCGCCUGGCAGGCCCUGCGCACACGGUACGGCAUCCGCCCGGAGAACGUGAUCGUGUACGGGCAGAGCAUCGGCACGGUGCCAUCGGUGGACCUGGCGGCUCGCUACGAGAGCGCCGCCGUCGUGCUGCACUCUCCCCUCACCUCCGGCAUGAGGGUGGCCUUCCCCGACACCAAGAAGACCUAUUGCUUCGACGCCUUCCCCAACAUCGAUAAGAUCUCCAAGGUGACGUCCCCGGUGCUGGUGAUCCACGGGACGGAGGACGAGGUGAUCGACUUCUCCCACGGCCUGGCGCUGUACGAGCGCUGCCAGCGGCCCGUGGAGCCGCUCUGGGUGGAGGGGGCAGGGCACAACGACGUGGAGCUCUACGGACAGUACCUGGAGCGCUUGAAACAGUUUGUGGCGCACGAGCUCGCCAACUUGUAAGAGAGGGGGGCGAGAGAGGGAGGGAAAGAAGGAGUGAGAGAGGGACAGAGAGAGACAGAAAGAGAGGGAGAGAGAGAGAGAGGGAGAGAAAGAGGGGGAGAGACAGGGAGAGAGGGAGAGAGGUAGAGAGAGAGGCCAAGCAACCACUCACCUGCUGCAACUGUGAACUCCAGAGAAUACCCAUCACCUUUUAUAGUUUCUUUUUAUUUUCGUUGUUCUUUGUCAUUUUAAAUGAAAUUGCACAGCCUGAUGGAGAAGAGAGUUUAUAUACACAGAGAAGUAAAUAAUAUUUUCUGUGUGUGUAUGUGAUCUGUGUAUGUCAUUUUUGCUGCCUUUCAAGAAGGAUGCGGUGAGCAGUCCAUAGUCCGGACCGCUGACCGGGCCUGAGACGGGCUUUAUGAACCAGCCAUGCUGAGGACCAAACUGGACCGACUAUCACCCACCCAUCCUCCGUCCUGUUUGCCAAGUCCGGUCCAGUGCGGUCUGCAUGGGGGUUUAAUUUGUCCGUUCAUUUUUUUAAAUAUUUAUAUGCAGUACCAGUCAAAAGUUUGAACACAUUUUCAAAUGGGAACGUGUCCAAACUUUUGACUGGUACUAUAUAUACAUACAUAUAUAUAUAUUUAUAUAUAUUAAACAUUUGCACCUAUCACAUGACAGUCUCGUCACAGAACUGUACGUGACAAAACUCUGACAUUUGAUUUAACAAUGCCAGUGUUGCCAAAUGACAAUGUACUGAAGAGAAUAACCCUUAGCAGCCUCUUUGUACGAGCAAUGUACGACAGAACAUCUAAGCUGGAUUUUUUGUGUUGAUGUAAAUGUUGUUUUCAAAUCACAAUUAUAUGCCGGAAGGUACUAUUUAAAGGAGAUACGGUUCUACUUUAACCAAUGUCAAAACAUCUGAGCUCUGAGGCCUCAGUGACCUUUUGCUUACCCCCAUAAAUCCAGCAUCAGAUGUCACAUUGGAUUAAAGUAGGACUGAUAUGAUAUAUGUAUAUUCUGUAUUUAAAUGCUAUAAUAGAGCUCGUAUACAAUUCAAGAGAAAUUUCUAGAUUUUUCUUUUCUAUAAAUGCAACUGUGGUUUGGAGGGCCCGGAAGCUGUCUGUGGUCAACACAGAACAAAGCCCCACACCACUAAUGCCAUAUAACACCACUCAGUCCAUGUCUCCAGGACAGGGAAAUGCUGUGUUUCACCCACUCUACAUUGAUCGCUUGCACAGGUUAACAGACUUGUAACAUCUGCACAUGGAUUUGACUUGCUUUGUCUUAACCUUCUGAUUAUCUUACAGAAUUUCACGUUUUGGUUCUGUGUGAUAUGACUUCCGAAGGCUGAGGGUGGUGAAAUGUAUCAUUAAGCCUUCAUGGAUGGAUGUAUUAUGAAGGCACUUUUUGAAAACCCUACAAAGUUGAUAAGUACUACUGCAUGCCACCUAAGGCUUAGACUGUUUACUUUAAGCAGUGGUAAACAGGGACUAGCUGCCAAGUGCAAGGGUGCUACCUGAACCCUCAGGUCCGUUCACCAUUGGUGGAGGUGAACGGAAGCUGUCUGGGAUUGGCAGUGAGUGUUUAAAUGAUUAGCCAGAAACUGUUUUGAUUGGUCGUUUGUUGCUGUUGUGAGGUCAAGCGUCGUAAAAAAAAAAUAACAACUGUCAAAGGACUUGAUAUUUCUUUACAAGAUUUAGGUAGAUACAAGUUAUGCUUUUGUUCAUCACAAUGUAAAUAAUGUUUGUACUGGAUACUGGACAUUUUUUUUUCUUAAACAAGACUGUAUUAUCUGAAUUGUAGUUACUAUAACAACUGUAACUGUUGGUAUGACAAUUAGGGUCCAUCUUUGGUGAGUCAGUUUUGGAUUGUUCAGAUUCCCUCAACUCAAUCUGACUGGUUACCUGGACCUAUGUCAUUUCUAUUUUUUGUAAGACAUGUUUCAUCAUUGAAGGAACUUGUAUGUAAUAAUGAUCUUGAUAAUAGUUAUUAUAAAAUGAUUAUAGAAAUUAAAAACAUAUUUGAGAAUCAAA